AUGCCCUAUGCGGACGGAGCCAAGACCAUUUUCGUCGUCCGCAACCCCAAAGACACUGCAGUAUCGUUUUAUCACCACGCGCGCAACAAGGACGCCUUUCAGUUUGCCGAAGGCGAGUGGCCGGACUUCUUUGACAUCUUCAUGCGCGGUGGUGUCGGCUCCGGCGACUGGUUCGAGUUUGUGACCGAGUGGUGGGAUCUUUCACAGAGGCGCCCGGCCAGCGUCUUGUGGGUGCACUACGAGGAGAUGCUAAAGGUGGUGGCGGGGAGCCGCUUCGAUGCGAUGAAGGCGACGCACAACAACCAGACCGGCCGGAGGGGGCACUUUCGCAGGGGCGUGGCCGGUGGCUGGCGCGAGGAGAUGUCGGAGGAACAGAGCACCGCGAUCGACGAGGCCUUCGCGCGGCGCCUCCCUCUCGAGCUGCAGCGGCUGUUCCAGUUUGAAGUCGCCCUUGACGCGACUCCUCCUCACUGA